AUGGUGAACCAUAGAAUUCCAGAAGAAGAAGCCACAAGUUUGCCGACUGCUGUUUGGUUUGUUCCUAAUAAGGAAUCGCUGAAAGAACGAAAAGACUACAAGAGACUGCCCUUAUUACUCCCUGAUGUGAAGAUCGGUUACGCGGAUUGUUCACAAUUUUUGGAAGUUUGUCGAGAUCUGCUGGACAUACGAAAACUUCCACAGUUCGUCACUUUCAAAACAAUGGGCGGCUAUGAAAUUGAUUACGUGAAUAAACCAUCAUAUCACGAAGUCAGCGCUUUCAUCAAAGAGUCAAUAGCCUCACCGUUGCACGUUCUCAGCGUCGAGGAAGUACGAUACAGCAGUGAACAGUGGAGAGCUAUGGAUUAUCGAUUACUUUGCACCGAUCGGUUACGCGGAUUGUUCACAAUUUAUGGAAGUUUGUCGAGAUCUGCUGGACAUACGAAAACUUCCACA